UACUGCUGUUCAUGCCAUAUAAGGCUAUUUCCACUACUCUACAAGCUUGAUAAUAAUGGAGAUCGCUAUGCGUACAGGCCUGAUUAAUUCAUUUACUAGCAUUACAAUGCUUUUGGUUUGCAUCUUCUUACUCUUUUUAUCACUAGCCUUUGCUACACAAGACAAUAUCACUUCCAAUGAAUCCAUUAAAGAUGGCGAGAGUCCUCUAGUUUCAGCAGGUGGAACUUUUGAGCUGGGUUUUUUUAGCCCAGGAAAUUCAAUGAAUCGAUUUUUGGGAGUAUGGUACAAGAAUGAAUUGUCAACUCAUAAAGAAGUUAUUUGGGUUGCCAAUAGAGAAAUUCCGCUUAAGGAUCGUUCUGGAUUUCUAAAUUUCACCCAGCAAGGAGUUUUGCUUCUUUUCAACGGAAACAAUGAAAGAAUUUGGUCAUCCAACAAAACAACAAAUGUUGAGAGUCCAGUUAUGCAGCUAUUGGAUUCAGGAAAUCUAGUUGUGAUAGAUGGGAAGGAUAAUAACUUCAUUUUAUGGCAGAGUUUUGAAUAUCCUUGUGAUACGUUUCUACCAGGAAUGAUGAUCGGAGGGAAUUCACAAACUGGUGUGGAUAGAAACCUGAUAUCAUGGAAGAGCGCAGACGACCCUGGUCCAGGCCAAUUUUCAUUUGGGAUAGAUCGUCAGGGGUUUCCACAGCUAGUCAUCAGGAAUGGAACUUUGAAGCACUGUAGGCUGGGUUCAUGGAAUGGAAAACGAUUCACCGGGACUCCUGAUCUGCCUCGAGAUCAGUUCUUGAAGUAUGAUUUUAUUUUGAACAAGACUCAUGCAGAUUAUAGUUAUGAAAUCCUGAGACCGGGUGCAUUGUUGACGAGGUUAAUUGUGAAUCAGUCAGGAUUUGUGGAACGCUUUAUGCGUCCAAUUCAAAAUAAUAAUUGGACAAGUAUAUAUUCGGCACCAAGAGAUCUAUGUGACAAUUAUUCAGUAUGUGGUGCACAUAUGAUUUGCAAAAUGGUCGAUCAAUCCCACAAUUGUACUUGCUUGGAAGGAUUUGAACCCAAAUCUCAUACAGAUUGGAGUAGAGGGUGUGCUAGAAGGAGUGCAUUGAAUUGCACACAUGGCAUCUUUCAGAAUUUUACAGGGCUUAAGUUGCCGGACACUUCCCUUUCCUGGUAUGAUACAAGCAUGAGUUUAGUAGAAUGCAAGGACAUGUGUCUGAAAAACUGCAGUUGCACGGCAUAUGCAAAUUCAAAUAUCACAGGAGAAGCCAGUGGCUGCAUACUCUGGUUUGGUGAAUUGGUUGAUAUGAGAGAGUUUAGUACUGGGGGCCAAGACCUCUACAUAAGGAUGCCACCACCUUUGAAAACAGAUCAAACUACGUCAAACACAAAUUCUGGUAAGAAGAAGCUUGUGGGAAUCAUACUCGGUUCCACAGUCCUUGCUGGAGUGCUUAUGGUAGGACUAACCUUCUAUAUAUGGAGAAAGAAACAGAGAAAGCAAGAAAUAGAGGAAGACAUGGAGUUACCAUCGUUUCAUUUGGCCACCAUAGUGAAAGCAACGGAUAACUUUUCAAGCAACAACAAGUUGGGACAAGGUGGUUUUGGACCGGUAUAUAAGGGUACAUUGAUUGAUGGGCAAGAAAUAGCAGUGAAAAGACUUUCAAAAAGUUCUCGGCAAGGAUUGACAGAGUUCAAGAAUGAAGUCAUCUUGAUAGCUAAGCUUCAGCACAGAAAUCUUGUUAAACUUCUUGGCUGUUGCAUUCAAGGAGAUGAAGUAAUGUUGAUCUAUGAAUUCAUGCCCAACAAAAGCUUAGAUUAUUUUAUUUUCGAUCAAACAAGAAACAAAUUCCUGGACUGGCAGAGACGUAACCUCAUUAUCGGUGGCAUUGCUAGAGGACUACUUUAUCUUCAUCAAGACUCUAGACUAAGGAUUAUCCAUAGAGAUCUCAAAGCCAGCAACAUAUUAUUAGAUAAGGAUAUGAACCCCAAAAUUUCAGAUUUCGGAAUGGCUAGACUGUUUGGAGUAGAUCAAAUUGAAGCAGACACAAAUAAAGUGGUUGGAACAUAUGGAUACAUGUCCCCCGAGUACGCUGUUGAUGGGCGUUUCUCAUUGAAAUCUGACGUCUUCAGCUUCGGUGUUUUAGUCUUAGAGAUAAUAAGUGGGAAGAAAAAUAGAGGAUUUUCCCACCCGGAUCACUGCCAUAAUCUUCUUGGACAUGCAUGGAAACUGUGGACGGAAGAGAGGGCAUUGGAGCUUCUUGACAAUAUGUCAGAUCGCCCUUAUUCUGUAUCUGAAGUAUUGAGAUGCAUUCAUGUGGGUCUGUUAUGCGUGCAACAAAAGCCGGAAGAAAGACCAAAUAUGUCAUCUGUGGUUUUGAUGUUGGGCAGUGAGAAUUCCUUGCCUGACCCAAAGCAACCUGGUUUUUUCACGGAAAGGAAUAUGCCCGCAGUGGACUCUUCAUCAGGAAAUCAUGAAUCAUCAUCUAUAAAUGACCUAACUAUUUCACAGCUAGAUGCACGGUAGAAGAUUGGCUCUGAUGGUUAAAAGGAAGAGCAUAUAUAUAUAUUUCUAGCCAAAUCCAAGGCAUAUAACAGAAAUUAAAUAUUUUCUGGGCUGAAGAUCUAUAUAUUUUCAAUUUCAAUUUCCAAGAUCAAUAAAAAAGAAGGUUGAAAGUUCUUGAGUAA